CCGACCCCCGCGCCCGCCCCCGCGCGGAGAGGGGCUGGUCCUCGACGGCCGCGGGAAGGUGCCAGCCCGCCCCGGAUGGGCAUCGUGGAGCCGGGCUGCGGAGACAUGCUGACGGGCACCGAGCCGAUGCCGGCGAGCGACGAGGGCCGGGCGCCAGGCGCCGACCCGCAGAACCGCUACUUCUAUCCGGAGCCGGGCGCGCAGGACGCUGCCGACCGUCGCGGGGGCGCCAGCCUAGGGGCGCCCUACGCCGGGGGCGCCCUGGUGCCCGCCCCGCCGGGCCGCUUCCUCGGAGCCUACGCCUACCCGCCCCGGCCCCAGGCCACCGGCUUCCCCGGGGCGGGCGAGCCCUUCCCGCCGACGCCGGGCGCCGAGGGCUACCAGCCGGGGGACGCCUAUGCGGCCCCGGACCCGCGCGCCACACUCUUCCCGGGGCCGCGCGAGGACUAUGCGCUGCCGGCGGGGCUGGAGGUAUCCGGGAAGCUGAGAGUCGCGCUCAACAACCACCUGUUGUGGUCCAAGUUUAAUCAGCACCAGACGGAGAUGAUCAUCACCAAGCAGGGACGGAGGAUGUUCCCAUUCCUGUCAUUUACUGUGGCUGGGCUGGAGCCCACCAGCCAUUACCGGAUGUUUGUGGAUGUUGUCUUGGUGGACCAACACCACUGGCGGUAUCAGAGCGGCAAGUGGGUGCAGUGUGGAAAGGCUGAGGGCAGCAUGCCAGGGAACCGCCUGUACGUCCACCCCGAUUCUCCCAACACGGGAGCCCACUGGAUGCGCCAGGAAGUUUCAUUUGGGAAACUAAAGCUCACGAACAACAAGGGGGCCUCCAACAAUGUGACCCAGAUGAUCGUGCUCCAGUCCCUCCAUAAGUACCAGCCCCGGCUACACAUUGUCGAGGUCACUGAUGGAGAGCCAGAGGCAGCCUGCAACACGUCCAACACGCACAUCUUUACUUUCCAAGAAACCCAGUUCAUCGCUGUGACCGCCUACCAGAACGCUGAGAUUACUCAGCUGAAAAUUGAUAAUAACCCUUUCGCCAAAGGUUUCCGGGAGAACUUUGAGUCCAUGUAUGCAUCUGUUGACACCAGCGUCCCCUCCCCGCCUGGACCCAACUGUCAAUUGCUUGGGGGAGACCACUACUCUCCUCUCCUCCCCAACCAGUAUCCCAUUCCCAGCCGUUUCUACCCUGACCUUCCCAGCCAGGCCAAGGAUGUGGUUCCCCAGCCUUACUGGCUGGGGGCCCCCCGAGACCACAGCUACGAGGCCGAGUUUCGAGCUGUCAGCAUGAAGCCUGCAUUCCUGCCUUCUGCCCCUGGACCCACCAUGCCCUACUACCGAAGCCAGGAGGUCUUGGCGCCUGGAACUGGCUGGCCUGUGGCCCCCCAGUACCCUCCCAAGAUGAGUACAGCCACCUGGUUCCGCUCCGUGAGAACUCUGCCCGUGGAACCUGGCCCUGGAGCCUCCGAGGGGCGGGGGCCAGAGGACCAGGGCUCCCCCUCCUUGUGGACUGAGAUCACCCCCAUCCGGCCAGAGUCCAGCGACUCAGGACUGGGCGAAGGAGACUCUAAGAGGAGGCGUGUGUCCCCUUAUCCUUCCAGUGGUGACAGCUCCUCCCCUGCGGGGGCCCCUUCUCCUUUUGAUAAGGAAACGGAAGGCCAGUUUUAUAACUAUUUUCCCAACUGAGCAGAUGACAUGGUGAAAGGAACAGAGUGUCAUUAGGUUGGUGACAUCAAGUAACUUAGACCACAGACUCAGACCUGAGCCACACCCAGCUCCCUCUGUUCUGUCUCCUUUUGUAGUUGAUUGAGGAAGAGGGGGGCCAAGAAGGAUUCUAGGGUUCACGUGCUGCCUCCCGGCCCAUAAUGAAACCUGUGAGGCGUGUCCUCUGCGCCAACUACAGUCAUUUACCUGGUGCUGCUUCUGGCUGUGGGUUCCCAGCUGGAGAAGAGAAAACAGACAACGGAAGGUCUAGGACACAAAAAAGCUUCCUCUCUUCUGCGCGGUGGGGGUGGGGGUGGGGUGCCAGGGUCAGGUGGGCCGGCCAGACUGGAGACUCACAUCUCUUCCUGUGUAGAGUGACUUUCAACAUUUUUGUAUGUGUGUUAAUCCCUGAUCUGGAAAUAAAGACAAGUGACUUUUAUAACAGCCAGCCAGCCAGGGUCAAGGAGAGGACCCAAGUGACUUUGGGCAGCUGGCCUGGGUCUCACCGCCUUAGAGGCAGUGGGGCCCCAAGCAAGGGACUGGGAAGGGGGGGUUACUGUGCACGACUCAAGAAGGAAGAUCAUGGGAGGGUGUGAGGGUGCACUUUUUCUUUUCGGGGACGGGGGAGGCUAUUUAUUGUAUAGAGAGUGGUGUCCGGAUAUGUUACUUGUGUCUUCACCACUUUCUGAAAAUAAACACAAAACUG